AGUGAACUCCCUUACAUUGUCGUUCUCUAGUCUUAGAUGCAGGGACGCCAGAAAGAAUUUGGCGCAAGUUUGUCUUAAGUUUACAUUUACUUUUGGUGCCAUUUCGUCUUGUAGCCACGUCAUGUCGAACAAUGUUGACCAACAGGUAGCAGCUUUCAAAGAAAAGUUGAAAACAGAUGGCGAGGUUCUCAUCAAAGAUGUCUUUCCGCGUAAGGUUGUGGAGUUGGACAAUUUAUUCAAAACAUUAACAUUAGAACGAGUAAAUGACAUCCAUUGUGACUUGAAUGUCCCUGUACCAGACCCUGUGUUGGUGGAAGAUUUGCCAUCAAAGAAGAGACGUCUGGAUCAGAACCAUGCAAAUCUUGAUAAUGUUCAAGGUUCAAUGGUGUUGUGUCUUCCACAAGGUAGUAUUCCCACAAAUAAAGAAAUCUCUCAUCUAAUCCAGACAUUGAAACCCAUCAUUAGACAGCUCGUUGAUCACACUAAUAUGUUAAAAAUGUGGAUUUCUUUUCUCAUUCCUAAAAUUGAAGAUGGUAACAACUUUGGUGUGUCCAUUCAGGAAGAUACUUUGGCUGAGGCGAGACAAGUUGAAACAGAAUCUGCUUCUUACCUGGAAAUGAUUUCACGCUAUUUUGUAACUCGAGCGAAAUUGGUGUCAAAAGUUGCUAAGUAUCCUCACAUAGAUGAUUACCGGCAAUCAGUACGAGAGCUAGAUGAGAAGGAGUACAUCAGCUUGCGUCUCAUGACCUGUGAACUCAGAAACCACUAUGCAUCUUUACACGAUGUUGUCAUGAAGAAUAUUGAGAAAAUCAAGAAACCACGUUCAGCCAAUGCAGAGAAUCUCUAUUAAAACUUCAUAUGUUCACAGUCUUAAACAAAAUAUUUACAAAAAAAAAAGCAAAAAUGAAAAAAGAAAAAGUCAAAAAACUGAGAUAAGAAAUAUCUACAUUCCGGGUUUAGUUACCUUUUUUUAAAAUUUUAUUUCAACUAUUUUUAAGACAUUUUUUUUCUCAAAAAACAAAUAUUUAAGGCCAUUAAAAAAAAAAAGAAAUAAUGACAUCAGUUUAAUCAAAUUAAAACAAUAGUCCAUACCAAAAAACACAACCUAAAUAUCAUAAAACAUUAAAAACUUAAGGAAUUGGUCAAACCUCCAUAUUUUCCCCCCCCAAUUUUGUUUUCUUUUAUCUCAUUUUUUGACAUUCUUCUUCAAAUAUCAGCUCACUUGGUAUCUCCAAUGUCGCUAGUUUGCCCAGAAUGAGUUUGGGCAACAAGGGAUCAGGAAAAAGGGAGCAGCAAUUAAUGCCAACUUGCAUGCUUCUGUUUCAUAUCUAAGAAUAAAGCUGCCAAUUUUUCAUUUUUUUUU